CACGGAGUUGGCGCCUCCCUUGCCGCGUCUUCUGAACUCUCUCUCCGUCCCCUGCUGUUGACUUUUACUUUUCCUUCCUUCCUUCCUUUCCAUUUCUUGUUUUUAUUGGGAUCGUAACGUUGAUCCAUUCAAAACCAGAAACGCCAUCGGAUCUCCGGAGGCGUCGAGAGUGUUCUUCAGUCAAUCCGAUACCACGCCCGUGCUCGUAGAUUUAUAGUGCUGCAGCAGCAAUUCGCUUGUAGUGUCGUGCUCAGUCGAUGAACACUUCCACAGCUUCUGCAGGUCGCAUCCUUCGUUUCGGAUUCGUCCCGUGUUUUGGCUUCGUGGGUCGUCGCUAGUUUGGCGCAUUUUCAUUCAGGCAGACGUCCCGAGAUCCCGGAGGGAGAAAGAAAGAUCGUUCGUCCCGUGAGAAGUGACGCCAUGCAGGGUUGAUUCUUGAAGACAGAUAAUGGGGUUCGCGUGAAUCCCGGCGAAACGCCGUACAGUUCAAGAUACAGAGUUCUUCCAGAUCCGGAAACGUCCUUUUCCGUGUUUGUUAGUUGAAAUUUCGACGUAUAUACAUAGAUCUAACCAGUAUAUACUUGAAAGAUAGAAACUCGGAACCUGCUCGCCAUCCCAGCAUGAGCAACAAGGAGUCGGUGAAGCUGGACGACGAGCAGAUCGCCGAGCUGCGCGAGAUCUUCCGCUCCUUCGACCGGAACAAGGACGGGAGCUUGACGCAGCUCGAGCUCGGGUCGCUCCUCCGCUCGCUCGGCCUGAAGCCGAGCCCCGAGCAGCUCGAGGCGCUCAUCCAGAAGGCCGACACCAACAGCAACGGCCUGGUGGAGUUCUCCGAGUUCGUGGCCCUCGUGUCGCCGCAGCUCCUGCCGGCCAAGUCGCCGUACACGGAGGAGCAGCUGAAGCAGCUCUUCCAGAUGUUCGACAGGGACGGGAACGGGUUCAUCACGGCGGCGGAGCUAGCGCACUCGAUGGCGAGGCUCGGCCACGCGCUCACUCCGGAGGAGCUGACGGGAAUGAUCAAGGAGGCUGACACGGACGGCGAUGGCAGGAUUAGUUUCCGGGAGUUCUCGCAAGCAAUCACAUCGGCCGCCUUUGAUAAUUCCUGGGCAUAAUUAGGAACUGGGGUGCUUUUGCCUCCAGGCUCAAUGGAAUUGUCUGUUAAUUUCUAUUCCAUGCUAGUAUGCCGUAUCUAGUGCUUUUCUUGAGAUUAGCCUACUUGUGAGGCAAGGGAGUUUAGAAUGUAGGAUGGAGGACCAUUUGGGUGUUGUCGAAAUCAAAUCCGUAAACGCUGCGGUUGUGAUGCUUGCAGUGAUUUAUAUUUUCGAAGUUUUAAUACUCAAUUUGACUGCGUUGCCAAUCAUUUUGACGAGGUUCCCAUGAUCAAGAACAAGAUAUUGUCUGAAGUUGAACUGGGUUUUUCCA